AUGGGCCAGAAAAUUUCUGGCAGUAUUAAAUCAGUGGACAGUCGUGGGGAAACUGGUGGCUCACCAUCAUAUCGACCCAUAACUCAUCGUCGGCAGCACUUCGAGCUAAGGGGCCCAGACUUCUCCAAACCUCCCAGGCUGGAUCUGCUGCUAGACAUGCCCUGUGCCGGACCGGACACACAGCUCCAUCAUGCAUGGAACCCUGAUGACCGCUCGCUCAACAUCUUUAUCAAAGAGGAUGAUAAGUUAACGUUUCACCGCCACCCAGUUGCCCAGAGCACAGACUGCAUCAGAGGGCGGAUCGGGUACACGCGGGGUCUGCAUGUAUGGAAAAUCCACUGGCCUUCCCGGCAGAGAGGCACCCACGCUGUGGUUGGAGUCGCCACCUCUGAUGCUCCUUUACAUUCUGUUGGGUACACAGCAUUAGUGGGUUCGGACUGUGAGUCUUGGGGCUGGGAUCUGGGGCGUAACAGGCUCUACCACGACAGUAAGAACCGGGCCCACAGCUCUCUGCCCUCAUACCCCUGUUUCCUGGAGCCAGAGGAGUCUUUCACCCUACCAGACUCUUUGCUAGUCAUUCUGGACAUGGACGAAGGAACAUUAAGCUUUAUGGUAGAUGGACAGUAUCUAGGAGUGGCAUUUAGAGGCCUAAAAGGGAAGAAACUGUAUCCCAUCGUCAGUGCUGUGUGGGGGCAUUGUGAGAUAUCCAUGAAGUACAUCAACGGCUUGGAUCGUAAGUAA